AUUUUUCUCAUCCACAGGCGUCUGACAGACGUGUGCAUUGCAGUGUGUGUCCAGCAGCAUGGCCCUGCGAGUGUGUGUUCGGUCACUGAUCUCCUCUAACAGACUCCGACUCUGGGGAGAAGCUCUGAGUUUAGGAAGCAUGAUCAGACCUUUCAGCCGUCAGCAUGCGCUCCUGAGCAACAGUUCUCUAGGCUCUAAGGUGCUCCUACACUUCGUUAAUCAGAGUGGAACAAAGACGAGUGUGAUGACGACAGAAGGAGAAUCUCUGCUCGAUGUUGUCAUCAACAAAAAUCUCCAAAUCGACGGCUUUGGUGCGUGUGAGGGGACAUUAGCAUGCUCCACGUGUCACCUGCUGUUUGAGGAGUCAGUGUACGAGCGCUUGGAGCCAAUGGCUGAUGAGGAGAUGGACAUGCUCGAUCUGGCCUAUGGACUCACCAAGACGUCUCGUCUUGGGUGUCAGGUGAUAGUAGCGCCCUGGAUGAACGGCAUGAUGGUGCGUGUGCCUCAAGGUAUCAGUGACCAACGAGUGACCCAGGAGGCAAAGAACAACCAAUAACACACACACACACACACACACACACAAUAAAUUCACACAACAUGAUGUAAUGUCUUUCUCUUUCUCUUUUUUAUUUGUGACAUUAAAAUUCAAACAUAAAUUACACUUUGUCUACUACAGUAAACAUCCCUGUCUCUCUUUCUCACACACACACACACACACACACACACACACACACACACACACACACACACACACACACACCCUCAGGCAGGUUCUCUAGGUGAGUAGUGACUCCUCUCUUGGGGUAUUUGACAAACUGACACCCAGUGAGACGAGUGUCACACACAGUCUGUCAAAUACUCGAAGAGAAGAGUCUACAGCGCCAAGGGAGAGCGGGAUCUGUAAACAACAACAACAAACAAAUAAACAAACAACAACGUGUUACAUCUCUCUCUCUCUCUCUCUCUCUCUGUCUCUGUCUCUCUCACACACACACACACACACACACACACUCUUCUUCCCCUUCUUGUAACAUUUUACAGAAUGAAGGAAAAACACAAAACAUAAAGUUUAA